AUGCGACCCCCGCUCUCCCCGCCGCCCCUUUCUCUUCCAUGUGCCGCCCUCCACAACAAUCCAGAUCGAGCCGCCGGCCACCCCAAUCCAGAUCAGGCCGUCGACCACCCCAGCUCCUCCUCCACCGCGAGCAGUCCUCCGCUCCGGCCCCAGUGCACCCUCGUGCACGAAAAUCCAGCAGGGGCGAACCAGCAGCAACAGGGGAUGGUGAUGACGCCUCCAGUUUCAUUACGCAUUCAGCUGCUAGGUGUGCCGUUUGAUUUGUUCAUCGUAUUAGUAUGCCAGACUACCAUUGGCAAGUCCCUGAAAUUUGAUGAAUGCUACCUCUCGUGCUCCUCGCCUCUGCACCUUCGCCGCUCUCCGUCCGCCGUUGCUCGCUUGAGUUUCGCCGCCCGGCGAACUUACGCCGCGCUUCCGCCGGACCUCGUCGUGCGGGAAUCUUCUGCAGCACCUUCUUCGAGCGCGCUGCAUUCUUGCUUCUUCGUGACCUUCUCCGCCUCGCCGUCGACGGUGCUCGUCGACGACCGCAGGUCCCUUCCUUCGCCGGCGAAAGACUUCCUCAGCGACUGCGACGCUCAAGUACAACUUUCGUCACGUUAUAAUAUUUUUCCGCUUUCCGAAAAUACCCCUCACCGACAGGCACCCUUGCUCGCUCGCGCAGACAUCGCCAAGCUCUCGUUCCCCUCCGCUCCCUCUUGGUCUCUCCCCGUCGCCAUCGACUACCUCUGCUCCUCCUCGUCGCCAUGUCCCUGUGGAUCCCGUCGCCGCCCUCUCCCCAGCGCCAAUUUCUUCCACACCGCUCCCUGCAACAGCCUUUUUCUCCACCACCUAGUUUCCUCUCGAUCCCUUCACCCCCGAGUGCGUCAGAAAUCUGGAGGUCAAAGGUGGCAAAUUUCUGCGCCGACGACGAGCUUCUGGGCGACGGAGGCGGCGGAUCGGUGUGCGCAGGCGUUGGAUCUGCGUGCCCCACCUGGGAGACGGCACCUCGUGCCCCAUCACGCUCAUCCCGGGCGACGGCAUGGGGCUUCUCGUUACCGGAGCCGUGCAUCGGGUCAUGGAGCUCGCCCGUCUACUUCGAGACCUAGUCACUGGAGCCGUGCAGCAGGUCAUGGAGCACGCCCCUCUACUCCAGACGACCCUGGUCUGCCUCAAGGGUCACGCGACCUCUCCACAAAAACGCAAGAUUUGCUCGGCAGAACCUUGGCAGGGCCACAGCCUUGCAGCAGCGCCACGGUGAAGACCAAUUGCCACAAAUGCCGGAGGAUCGUCAAUGUCGUUUGGUGUACCAGCUGCGAUAGGAGGGGGUACUGCAACGAUUGCAUCAGAUGCUGCAAAGACAUGCUAUUAAGCCUAUUAUUGGACCUGCUGCAUAGAGAGGUGCAGGAUCAACGAGAAGAUGACGGCGUCUUUGCACGGAGCAGCUUCAAGACUGUGUCGUCAUCCUCUCGAUACGUCCUCUCGAUACGUCCUCUCUUCUCCUCUCUCUGUAGCAUAAACUAUUGGAGUACUUGUGCUUUUUCUGAAUUCCUUUGUGCUGGAGUGCUUCUGCUUGUGUUUGUGCUGGAGUAGAUACCUGUGCUGGAGUGCUUAUGCUUCUGAAUUUGUUAGUUCUGUCUCUAGGCUAGGCAGCUUAGUUAUACUCCAUAUACUUCUGGUAGUUGACACUGCAACUAAGGUGAAUAAUGGUUUUGGAGUAUAAUGCUUUCUACUCGAGUUUACUGUUGAAUUUAGUUGAAAAUGAUUUCAGUUUCUUCGGUAGUCGUUUGCCUGACAAUAGUCUGAUUCUCUUGGCUUUAGUUGAAAAUGAUUUCAGUUUAUGAAAGUCUGAAUUCUUCAUUUAGACAUACCCUAAGAUCAGUACUCACGGAUUAUCAUGUUUGCUCAAUGCAUGAAUUAGCUUCUGCUCUCUUCAGUAUGAUGUUUAAAUAUCAUCACCAUUCAAGGAUACAUGCCUUUUGUGUUUGAUAAAAGAUGUACUCAUAUUUACAUAUCU